GACAAAAAUGUCUAUGGGGCGUUUGAAUAAACCAUCACCGUAGACGUGUUUUAUUACGCAAAUGUUUAACGUUAUCAUUUUUGACAAGUAGUUUUACGUCAAAACAAUGGCUGAUGAAAAUAAACCAAAAACACUAACGUUGAAGAGUUCAGAACCGUCAAUGAACCGACACACACCAGCUUCAAAGACAACUCAGGACAUUUCUCAUCUGCUGGCCAGCGUAUUCAAUGACCUCUACACCACAGAGGUGAUUGGAAAGGACACUGUUUCCAAUCUCAGCAAAUCACGAAGAAGAGGCAACAGCUACCAUGAAAAAUAUGUGGAGCAGCUACAACAGGUGCACAGUGAAUACAACAGACGUAUUCAGAACGCUGAUAUGUUGGAGACACACAUCAUACAGGCUCGUCUUCAGGCUGCUGCAAAAGAAGAGCACGAUCGCAACAAAAUCCUGGAAGAAGUCGGUGAGGCCUACCAACAGCUGGGACUUCCCCCAGUAAAAUCAGCCUUCAAGUGGUGUGUGGACAGUGGACUUCUGAGAAGCAACAACCUGAUUUGCCCACUGGACUACACAACAGUGCACACCCCAGUUGUUAAAAGUCCAAAAGCUAGGUCAACUCCAGGCUUUGCCCAGCCUACUUUCUCCUAUAAUAAGCACAUCUGCACUGAACUGCAGGAUGAUGGUUACACUCCGCUUCCUCCACCCGCUCAUUCAGCCCACAGCCUGCUUGAAUAUUCAGAGGAGACAAUCACACUCUCUUCCUCUCCAGAGUCCAGCUCAAUCAAGGACACAGAGCUAAGUUUGGUGGCUAAGGCUUCUUGGAUGGAGAAGACCAGUGCUAAGAGUCGUGCAGAAGACAGGGCUUCCAUGAAAAAGCACAAAGACCGGCAUAAGUUUCUGCACAACCCUCGCUUCCUGCUCCCAAACACUCAGCGUGGAGGAAAGUCUCUCAUCAUGCCAGGGAAAAAGACGCUGGAGAAUGUGGUAAAGAGCAAGAAAAACAAUGGCAGAGAGAGUCCUGGUGGUCAUGCGCCUAUUUUCACUGCGAAUCCACCAGUGAUCUUCUUCAGUGACUACAGAGUAGGACAAGUCUAUGAGACCUCAGUGGAGCUCAAAAACAUGACUGCGAGCAGCCGUCACAUUCGAAUGAUUCCUCCAACCUCCCCACACUUCUCUGUGGGUUUGGGCCGGUUCCCUGGUGAAGGAGGGAUUGUGGCUCCAGGAAUGAGUUGUCAGUAUAUGGUGCGUUUUGCACCGGAUUCUCUAGCAGACUAUGAGGAUGCUCUGGUUGUGGAGACACAGAUGCUGUAUCCUCUCAUUAUACCAAUAGAGGCCCGCAGAUCUCCUCCGAUACUCACCUUGCCGGCUGUCAUGGACUGUGGUUUCUGCCUGGUGGGAGGGGUGAAGUUCAUGGAGGUUUUAUGUCAGAAUGAAGGACUGAGUGCUGGAACAUUCUGUGUAAUGCCUAAGAAACAGUGGCCUGCUUCAAGCCUCAGGUCUGCAGUGAAGUCGACUUUCGCAGAACAGCCUCCCUUUGCCAUCAGUCCCUCUAUUUUUGGCCUUCUUCCUGGACAGGCUACUGUCAUAGAGGUUGUGUUUUUCCCCACAACUCCUGAGAUCUCUUCUCAGGACUUCACCAUUGUCUGUGACAACUGCCAAGUGAAGGACAUUACGCUCCAAGGUACAGGUCAACUGAUCACGGUGGAGCUGCUUUCAGUAUCAGGUGGAGAGGAUCAGCCUGAAUUUGCCGAAUUGUGUGACAUCACAGCUGAUCAUUAUGUCAGAUUUAACACAGCCAAUCCACACUCUACACUGCAGAAGACAGUGGUUGUCAAAAACAACACACACUUGGAGCUUCCAUAUCACUGGCAGAUCAUGAAGCCCAGCCUUCAAUGCCUGUUACCCGGAGAGACUCCUGACCCUUCCAGCAUUCAGCAUCUUCUUGAUACAGACAGUGCGUUCAGGAUCAGCCCUGCUGUAGGAAUCCUAAACCCUGCACAGGAACAUGAGUUCCUGCUCACCUAUGUUCCCAAAGAUAUAAAAGACUACCACAGUGUCUGCCACUUAGUGAUCAUGGAUGUUCCCAGUCCCCCCAGAAUCUGUGACAAUGGGAAAUGUCUUGAUACUGCACUUCAUGCAAAUAAUGUGACCAUUUUAGAGGUUGAAGUGAAAGGUUCUACUGAGCCAUAUAAGAUCCUUCUUGAGCCGUAUGCUGUUUUAAUACCAGGAGAGACCUAUAUACACAACACAAUUUGCAAGAGAUUCAAGAUGUGGAAUCACAGCAAAUCAGUCAUUCACUUUGAAUGGGAGCGUGUUAUUGACAGUCAUGUAAUUGAAGUGGAGCCAUCAUCUGGAGAAAUAGAAAGAAAUGAGUGUUUUGACAUGGAGUUGUAUCUUACUGGAAGGAGUCCAGGUCAUUUUACAUCUACCCUGCAGUGUCACGUUCUGCACCAUCCUAAAACUAUAGGACUUGCCAUUGAGGCCACAUUUAAGGGUCCACAUUGCUCAGUGAAUGUGCCAAAUCUGGAUUUUGGUUUGCUGCAAAUGGGAAAUGAGAGCCUUUUGACUGUUGAAAUCACCAACAACAGCCUGCUAGAUGCCCACUGGAGCCUGGAGGAGCUGUCCCAAACUCAGAUGCUCAUCGUAGGACUGGUGCAUAUCAAUCCAAAUAAAGGUGUUCUGGCUGCACUGGAGUCCUGCACUGUGGAUGUGGUGUUCAGAGCUAUGCAUUGCCAAGUAUUUGAAUCAGUUUUACAGCUUUCUGUGCUGAACGGCACUGGCUGUCACAUCUCCAUCCGAGCUGUUGUUCAGUCUCCUCAAGUGUGCUUGCUGAACUGUGAGCUGCUGUUUGCUGAUCUGUAUGUUGGAGUUUCACAGACGGGCAGCGUCACUCUGUUUAACCAAACACUACUGCCAGCCCACUUCACCUGGGGCAGGCUCCAAGGUGCACAAGCUCAUCUCUGCUCUGCAGUCUUCAGUCCCUCUGCAGGAUCUCUGGGGCCCAAUGCAAAAACUGAAGUCUCUGUGUCAUUCACAGCCCACACUGUUGUGGAAUUGACUGAAGUGACUGCAGUUUGUGAAGUAAAAGGAAUGGAGAAUCCAUUAGUGCUGGGAAUUUUUACUAAAGCCAAACCUCUCAGAGUUUCCUACUCACUGCUUUGUAAUGGUAUUAAUUCAGGUGAUGGAGAUCACCAACCAAUCAUACUGGACUUCACUGAGCAUGAGCCAGCCGUCAUUGGGAAAUCUGUCAAACGGCAGUUAGUGAUAACUAACAAUACUGCUAUUACUGCACCAUUCACUGUCCUCACUGAGUACUUCACUGGAGACUGUCCUUCACAAUCAGAAGAAAACUCUGAAAGAAGCAGUGCAGUUUUCCACUCCAUCCAGGCCAAAAAAAUACAGCAAAAAGCAUAUGACGAAUUUGUAAGCCGUCUGCUUUCCCAUGGAAGAGGUGCAAGCUUUUAUGUUGAACCAAAAAGUGGAAUGCUUGGCCCGUUUGAGAGUCAAACCAUCAACAUCACUGCUUUCACAAAUAUGUGGGGGUAUUAUGAGGACAACCUCAUAUGCAAAGUUGGAGAUCUAAAUUCAACUCACAUUCAUAUGAAGAUGUCUGUGAGGGGCUGCCCAGUUUACUUUCAGAUGAUUGGACCACAGCCUGACAAUCAGAAUCAGGGUCCAGUUAUUAGAUUUGGAAGCCAUGUUUCUGGAGGAGACACUGUGUCGCGCUCUUUACGGCUUAUUAACACCAGUCCGUAUGAUAUCCGUAUGGACUGGGUGACCUACAACCUGGAGGCUGGAGACGGCAAGCUGAUUGAUCUGCUGCUUGCAUGUGGUGAACCUUUCCCUCUAAAGGAUGCAGAUGGCAAUGAGGUUGUUGGAGGACUGGACUCAUCCGUCAUGUUCCCGUCCACAUGGGAUGACAGUCACACCCCCAGCAGAGAAGGAACCAGCUCAACUUUCAUGACCCAAUCUGAUGAUUUUGUAGAGAAUGGGGAAGAAUGUGAUGGAGAGGAUGGCAGUGGGGCUUCUGAGUCUCUAGCUCCAGUGAAGAAGCUGUUCUCUGUGUUUCUGAGGCCUCAUGAAGGAAAUCUUUCUGAUUACCCAUACUGCAUCACUCCACAGCAGACUGUAGUUCCAGCAGGGGGCAGUACCACCAUUCAUUUGUCUUUCACUCCUCUGAUCCUGUCAUGUUCAACCAAUCAAAGAUGUUUGGGUUACGCUCUUGGUUUCAUGAGCCUCGACUCUAAGCUUGCGUCAGUGACUCCAGACAAGGUGGAGAGAGUCCAGGGCUAUGAACUCCAACCUUUGAGGCUGGACAUGCAGGCUAAUGUAAAACCUGCCAUUUUGUCAGUGCAGAUGGCAGAGGAUACAGAAGUGCUGGAAUUCAGUGCAGCUGCCAGCGAUACACUAGACGGAGCGUCACAAACAAAGGAAUCCAGAAUAACUCGCACAUUCCGGCUGAAGAACGACACAGACAUGGCCUUGAGUUUCAAACUGAGCACAAAUCCACCAUUUUCAGUGCUGCAGCCCCGACAGAGCCUUAAACUGAUCAGCAGCUCGCCUGCUCAAAGACACACACAGGGUCUGUCUGGACCAGGAGAUGAGAUAACAUCACUUCUGUUACAGCCUAAAAACUUUAUGCAGGUUAAGGUGGCUUUCCACAAUUCCACUUCACUCCUGGCCUGUGUGAAUGGAGCAUGUGAGGAGUCGGACAGUCAGCUCUCUGCUUCCCUUUUGUGUAGUGAUGAUGGAGGAAGAACACUACAGUUUCAGGAGAACUUGACCAUUCAGUACAGCAAUAACAGCACACAGACCGUGUCUCUUUGUGCUCGUCUGGCAUUACCUACACUACACCUGUCCAGUGCCACUGUGGAUUUUGGCACCUGUUAUGUUGGACAAACAACUGUCAAAGAGAUUUAUCUCCACAACAGAGGCGGCUCCUGUAGCUACUGGACCACACUCACAGAUGGCAAUGAAGUGUUCAUGGUAAGUCCAGAUUCUGGUGUGCUGAAACCUCUUGGAGAUCUAGCUUCCUGUAGACAACUGUUGCAGAUCAGCUUCACUCCAAGGGAACAGAAAGAAUUCCAGACAAUCUUCACAGUGCAGGGGCUUCUAGGAGAGACACCACUUGUUCUGAAGGUCAGCGGAAGAGGAUCAUUUGAUGAGAGUUUUGUAUCUCCAAUAUCUGACACCUCACAAAACAACACUGAGUAACACAUAUAAGAGCAGAGAAGCAAAUUAUAUGUCUGUAAGACAGUCAUGUCCAUGUGCUUCAAAUGUUGUAUUUGUGAAAGAUACUUUAAAUUCUAAAGAUUAUUAAA